UCUACAAGUUUAAUAACUGGUAGAGCAAGUUUAUCUAGAGAUAAAGUUGAAUACAUAAAGGCCGCCUUAUCAAACUUUACCUGUCAGUCAUACACUCAAGUUGGGUGAGAAUCUUCGAAUGUGUGGCUGAAUCAGGGAAGCGUUGCAUCUUUCUCCUUUAUUGAAUAAAGUCGUCAUUUCAUCCGACACUCACCAUCUACCAACAUGGUCAGUAUUUUGAGAGUGAUUGGCAUCUGUGCCACGAUUUCAUUACUGAUGGUGGCCCUUCUGGAACUUCUUUAUUUCAAUGAGUCACAAAACAUCUCAACACCUCAAUCUAGUCACAACCACGACUGGACAGCUGCAUUUUUAGAAGAAGAAGGUCACAAUGCCUCAGACAAAACUUCCCCAUCGUCAAAUUGGCAAUUGGAAAGGACCACACCAAGAUGUGAACGAAACACAAUGGUUGAAAAUAUCCCUGGCUUUCAUUCCUUUUCCCAUAUGAUUCAAGACUUUCUUUACUAUCGUCACUGUCGUAGCUUCCCCAUGAUUCUGGACCUUCCUAACAAAUGUAGAAGAGGUGAUGAGCCUGAGGACGUCUUUCUUUUGCUUGUUAUUAAAAGUUCCCCAAAGAACUAUGAGCAGAGAGAGGUUCUGCGCAAGACCUGGGCUGAAGAGAGGUCGUAUAAGGGAAAGGCGAUUCGAAGAGUCUUUAUUAUUGGAACUGACGGUUCAGGUUUAGAGGAGGAGAAGUGGAACAAAUUAGUCAUGCGGGAGCACCAACAUUACAAUGACAUCCUCCAAUGGGAUUUUAAGGAUUCCUUUUUCAACCUCACUUUGAAGCAGAUACUCUUCCUUGAGUGGAUGGACAGACGUUGUCCACAGGCUCAAUUUCUACUGAAUGGUGAUGAUGAUGUUUUUGCCCACACUGACAACAUGGUUGAAUAUCUUCAAAGUCUUAAAGAUAAUAAUGGAAAUAAGCACUUUUUUACUGGCCAUGUGUUGAAAAAUGCGUAUCCUAAAAGAAGCCCAGGCGAUAAGUACUUUGUUCCGCUACAUGUGUAUGAAAAAGAUAUUUACCCACCCUACUGUGGAGGUGCAGGAUACCUUCUGUCAGGCUAUACAGCUUUGGUCAUUUACAAAAUAUCUCCAUUGGUCGAAAUUCUUCCUAUAGAUGAUGUUUACAUGGGAAUGUGUUUGGCUGAAAUGAAACUUAAACCUGACUCUCACAUGGGAGUGAAAACACUAUAUUGGCAUGUUCCCUCCAGAAAGGUUGAUAAAUAUGACCCCUGUUACCUUAAGGAAUUACUUUUGCUUCACAAAUUCUCGCCCACUGACCUAUAUUUCUUGUGGAAAGAAGUACACGACCCAAAACUCUCAUGUAGCGAUAAAAUAUGAAAAACAGUUCAGCCAAAAUAAACUCAAAUGAACUGUCUGAACAAGAAUCUGGGUCAAAAAAAAAGAUUUAAGUAAUUGGUUAGUUAGGCAGGUAGUAACACAUUAUAGCCUGUUAUUUUGACCAUAGUGAGAAAGCUAGGUACUUGUAGUAGUUAUUUAGUAAGUAAGCAAGCUACCAAUACUAAUAAACUUAUUUUUGCAGCAUAUCACUUGUAGGGCAGGGGCUUUAAUGCUUUGAUUCUAGAUUUGAUUAGUUAAUUACAAAAAAAAAACACACUGUAAAAAAUAAAAGUGAAAUCUGAACAUAUGCUAUGUGAACUAGUGUUUAAAUGAGCAUCGGAUUUCUGAGUGCAAGUAAACACAACGUAAUAAUCUGUGAGCUAAGUUGCUGGGGGAGCGGAUUUAGUAGUAUCAAUAUAUAGCUUAAUAAAACCGCUUUACAAUGUUGUCUAUGAAAUUCUAUAGUUUUUUAUUAUUGUUUCACCUCUUUCCCUCCUGUUGGAAUGUUUCAUUAGUCAAUGUAACUCAUAGUCUAACUGUAAAAGAAAUGCUACCUGUUAAUUCUCAUGGAACCUGUUUUUAUAUUUGUUACAUGUCUUGAGAUAAUAAUUGUUUCUUGUAAAUUUAAUUUGGGAUUUACAUUUUUUUGUAAUCAAAUGAAAGAUAUUAAAGG